AUGUCACUGAGCAACCACCCCAGGGCCUACGGCUCAGCAGCCAUCGCCUUGGCCUUUGCGGCCGGCAUCCUCGUCACCCUCGGAUUCAAGGACCUCUACCCCGACCUCGAGAACCGCUUCCAGCGCAAGCGACGCGCCUCCUCCGCGGCCGGCUCCCCAGCCGGCUCCCCAGCCGCCCAUGGCAAAAGCGGCGCCCCCGCCCUCCUGACACUGGAGGACCGCGAGUCCCAGUCCCAGUACCAGCCUGAGCCUGAGCCCGCGUGGCCCCUGGGCGGUCCUCGGCGCGGCAUCCAGGGCUGCAUCGGCAACACGCCCCUCAUCGAGAUCCCGUCCCUCUCCGUGGCCACCGGGCGCACCAUCCUCGCCAAGGCAGAGUUCCUCAACGGCGCGGGCAACAGCCCCAAGGACCGCGUGGCCCUCAGCAUCAUCGUCCAGGCCGAGGAGGACGGCCUGCUGACCCCCCACCGCGGCGACACCAUCUACGAAGGCACCGUGGGCAGCACGGGCAUCUCCCUCGCCACGCUCGCCCGCGCGAGGGGCUACCGGGCGCACAUCUGCAUGCCCGACGACCAGGCCGUCGAAAAGUCGGACCUGCUGCUGCACCUCGGCGCCACGGUCGAGCGCGUGCCCGUCGCGCCCAUCACCAGCCCCGACCACUUCGUCAACCUGGCGCGGCGCCGCGCGGCCGACCACGCCGCCGCCGCCGCCGACGGCAGCAGGGGCUUCUUCGCCAACCAGUUCGAGAGCCGGGCCAACUGGCGCGCGCACCUCGAGACCACGGGACCCGAGAUCUGGCACCAGGCACGCGGCGACGUCGACGCCUUUGUCGCCGGCGCCGGCACCGGCGGCACCAUCUCGGGCGUGGCCCGCUUCCUGAAGCGGCAGGCCGAGGCUGGCGCCGUCAAGGUCGUCCUCGCGGACCCCCAGGGCAGCGGGCUCUACAACAAGGUCAAGCACGGCGUCAUGUACUCGCCCACGGAGAGGGAGGGCACGCGGCGCCGCCAGCAGGUGGACUCGCUGGUGGAGGGCAUCGGCAUCAACCGCACGACGGACAACUUUGAGGCCGGCGGCCAUCUCAUCGACGACGCCGUCAGGGUGACGGACGAGCAGGCCUGCCGCAUGGCGAGGUGGUUGGUGGACAAGGACGGCAUCUUUGUGGGCAGCAGCAGCUCCGUCAACUGCGUGGCCGCCGUGGUUGCGGCCAUGGGGUUGCCCGAAGGCAGCAAAGUGGUGACGGUCUUGUGCGAUUCCGGGACCCGGCAUCUGAGCAAGUUUUGGAAGAGGGUCAAGGAGAUGGGCUUGGAAGAGGAAGAGGCGUCCUCCGACCUGUUUGUCCAGCUGGGCUUAUCCCGGGACGCCGUGUCUAUGCCUGUAUCCGGGAGCCAGUCAUGA